AGUGCGUAGGGAGGGAGAAAGGAAAUCUGGGGACAAGAGUGGAUUUCAGCUAGCAUUACAAGAAAACCCAAGACGGGUGUCGCGUCUCUGCCUUCGGGACGAGGCUCUGGACAGCAGUGCUGCGGUUGCUAGGACAACCAAUGCUCUCUUGGCUUUCAUCUGGCCAUGUGACAGCGACUUUGACGUCAGCUGGAGGCAGAGCCUGUGGUUUCGGCCGCGCAGCCAAAGGCUUGUGAGAACCUAGUGGAUGCUGGAUUUAUCCCCGCUGCUGCUGCUGUUGCUGCUGCUGUUUCUCAGGGGCUGCCAGAGCAUGGACUAUUAAAAACUUGCAUUUCUGCCGUGUGAGGUAACCAUUUGCUUUAUGUUUUCGUCAGAUAACAUUUUGACACCAUGGGAAAACAAAACAGCAAACUACGCCCUGAAGUCAUGCAAGAUUUGCUAGAAAGUACAGACUUUACAGAACACGAGAUCCAGGAAUGGUACAAAGGCUUCUUAAGAGACUGUCCAAGUGGACACUUAUCUAUGGAGGAGUUUAAAAAAAUAUAUGGGAACUUUUUCCCUUAUGGGGACGCUUCUAAAUUUGCGGAACACGUAUUCCGCACUUUUGACGCUAAUGGAGAUGGAACAAUAGACUUCAGAGAAUUCAUCAUAGCCUUGAGCGUAACAUCGAGAGGUAAACUGGAGCAAAAGCUGAAGUGGGCUUUCAGCAUGUAUGACCUUGAUGGGAACGGCUACAUCAGUAAGUCAGAGAUGCUGGAAAUUGUGCAGGCAAUCUAUAAGAUGGUUUCUUCUGUAAUGAAGAUGCCGGAAGAUGAGUCAACACCAGAGAAAAGGACAGAGAAGAUCUUCCGCCAGAUGGACACCAACCGCGAUGGAAAGCUCUCCCUGGAGGAGUUCAUCCGCGGCGCCAAGAGCGACCCGUCGAUCGUCCGCCUCCUGCAGUGCGACCCCAGCAGCGCCGGGCAGUUCUGAACCCCUUCUUUGGAUGAAUUAUGUAUCUGCUUUUUUUUUUUCCUUGCCAAACAACAUUCAUGGUAGUGUUGCCUCUGUAUGGCCAAUUAUGCCUUCUUUUGUGGCAUCUUAUAGCUUCUUUUGUUGUGGAUUGAUUAUAAGAAUGCUAAAUUGCUCUUUACGAUUUGUCCAGAGCACAGGCAGUACUGUUUUAAACAGAUAUUGUGGUUUUAUCAUUGUUUUAAAGAUUUUAUUUUUUGUUUUAACGUGUCUGUUUUGGAAAGUAUGCAAUGAGAAGGAAAAGAAAAAACGACGACAAAACCCUUGGCAGCAAAACGUAUCGACGAAUUUGAGAUUGCUGCUUUAGUAGCUGAAUAGUCACCCACAGGACCUGAAAGUGUAGUCGAGAUUGAAGCAAAAGGGUUACAGCAGGGGUAGAGUUCAUCCGCACCUCUGCUCCCUGCCCAGGAGGCACCAGUUAAGCUCAAAGACAGUAUCACAAAGAAGUAUGCGUGUGCAAAGCCGGUGAGGACUAUAUUGCCCGCACCCCUGCACCUAUGCCUCCUUGUUUCAAUGCUGUGAACAUUUUCAAGGUUGUGAAGGAGAAGGAGAAAACAAAGAUCAAUGGGCUUAGUAGGUUCACAGUGGUUGAUUUCACGUGGCUUUAUCUGAAACUUCAGCAAUUUGCAGUCCUGAUCCCAAAAUCCACAACAGACAAUACCUCUUGCCAUUGGGGAUCAGCAAAGGCAGACAUGGAUGUUGAAACUGGGUCUUGACAAUGAAUUUAAGGGAGAUGAUACAUGUUGAAUGUGAAAUUUUCAGGUUAGUAAAAAAGCAGUUUCUACUAAGGAGAGUGGGCAUUCAACUGAAUGGAUAAUGCAACACCUGCAAGCAGCUAAACUUGAGGCAAAUCUGCUGUUCUGAAUGCUCUUGUGUAGUAUAAAGUUUUGGGGGUGGUUUUGUCUCUCUCCGUGUAGUUAAAGCAGGUUCUGGGCCUGCUCUUAGAGGAAGGCUAUCAUCAAAACUUGUUUUAAGCAUAAAAUUGUAGCAUUUAUAUUUCAUUUAUUUUAGUAAAGUUCAAAAAUCUGUACUGAAACAAGGAAAUGGUACGCUUUAUGGUAUAUUUAUAUAUAUAAAAAUUAAAACAACAAAAAAAGAUCAGCUCUGAGAGAAAUGUUGAAUGUUUAUCUUUUCGCCUAGAUGCAGGAGUUCUGAAAUUUGCUGCUGCAAAGUUUUAUCCUUUGGUCAGAGUUGCUGUAUUCAAAGCUAGUAUGCAUAUGUGGGAUUGCUUAGUGGCUUUACAAGCACUGCUGCAAGAGGAAAGCUGUAGCGACAGCAGGCAUUAUGCUGACUAAAUUGGAGGUAAUCUGUUGUUAGCUAGAGUCUGCUCUGUGAUCCUGUUGGUGAGGUAUCCGUGUAGGCAGCGCACAGUGUUGGGGACCGGUCAGCUUGUUAGAGUAACCUCUGUCUGAGCAGCAAGGUUGGCACUGUGUCAAGUGACCUUGUAGACGCUAAUCCCCAAGUAGCCUUAAUUUAAAAUAAACUAAGUAAAAUAAGUCUGCUUUGCAGAUGAGGAUUAGCUAAGCACUAAUUAGAACUCAUGGAGAAGUAGCUGAGUUAUGAAUAAUUUUUUGCUGAACACUAGCUAGCGUGCACAACAAUAAGAGAUAAAAUUUCUUGGACUUAAUUUUUCAGUACCAUUUGCUUUGCCAGGUUUAAUAUGCAGCGCAUAGUAAAUCUUUAAUUUACUUUUAAUUUAGAUAAAAUUCCUAAUCAGUUGUACUAAAAUUACCAGUGGAUAAGCAUACUUGAUAAGUACUUUUAGGCACACACCUUUGUCUCAAAUGAUCACAGAGAGCCAACUGACGAUGUAUUCCUGCAAAAUUCAGUGAAAUACUGGGCAGAGGUGUGUGUGGGUAUACGUGAAAGUGAGAAAGUAAAAGAGGCCCAAACACAGACACACAGACACAAACAGAUUUCAACACUUAGUGUUGGUAGCUGUUACAAACAUCACUGGCACAAAUUCUUCUAGUUGAUGGAGAUGUUUCUUAUUUAGUUCUUCCGAAUCUUCAUUAGACAUCCUGUGUGCAAACCUAUUCCUUCAAAGAAAAGCCUGUGCCUACCUUCCUCGAGAUAACUUUCAGUUUUACCUGGAGACAUUCUGUAUCCAUCACCUCAUGCAUAUUCAAAGCCAUGUUCUCUCUUUUGUGCUUUGAGGGUUGUUUUUCAGUAGGACAAACCUGGCUAGAUUGCUGCAAAGUGCUCCAUGAAGGUCAGUGGACAUACACUGAUUAACAUCCCUUUUGUCAGAUAUAAACAAUCAGUCCUGCUGCACCAGCCACUUCCUGAGAUGCUCUAUCACCACCACUGCACAGGGAGAAUUAAAUGACGUGUUAGAGGAACCCUCAAGUCUAUUUAAAAACACUGAAAUUCUAAUCUCUGGGUUCAGUGCAGGCCUCCAGAUCAAAAGCAGACCAGUAAAAGUUGACAUUUACUGAAGAUGUAUUUGGAUACCUUCUACAGUUCCAUCUUUUUUUUAGAAGUGGAAGCAGCUGCAUUUAUCUGAAACUAUUAAAAUGUUGCCUUUUAUUUAAGCAACUGCAUUCCAUCUCUUUUUAGUUUUAUAAGAUAUUUCUGGCCCAGAACCUAAUCUCCCAGCUUGUUUUAGCUCAGUAGUUUUGGACUUUUUGGGCCAGGCUUGCCUCAUGUGUUAAUGCUUUACAACACAUGUUUGAAAACGCAACCUGUGACAUGACCCCAGGCCAGUGGAGAUGUAAUUCUUUCCACAGUUCACAAAAUCUGGAAGAAUAAGAAUUAGCCUACAGCUGCAGAGGACGUAACUGGAGAUAAGAAUAUUGUAUAAACAUUUACAGAGUGAGCUAAGGUUAUUCUUUACCUGACUACCACUGAUGAUUGGUAUUGUUUUAAAUUAUUAACUGUCCCUUUCUAUCUCUGCCAAAAUGAACUCUACACAUACUUUGAAAGUGACCCAUAACUGAAUUUGUUAUAUGAACAUCUGCGGAUCUCGGAUCAGCAAAACAGUAGUGGUAUGCAGUGUGUUGGAUUGGAAUUUACUGUUUUGCUACUGUUAUCAUUUACAGUCGUAAUAGCCUUCAUAAAUCUUUUCAAAACAGAAUGUUUUCAGACUUAUCCUGUAUAAAGUAACACGGGAAGUUAAACAUUUUCAAGAGAUCUAUUAGAAAUAUUCCCACACAUGAAAGACGGCAGGAAGUACAUGCUGUUUCACAUCACCUCUCAAUGCCGUAGAUACGUUCACCAGUAAUGCUUGCAUGUGCAAGAGGUAACCUUGACUCAUGUGUUAUCCAGAUAAAAGAAUGAGUAUGUCCAGCAUAUAGACUUAACUGGUAGAAAUGACAGCCCCAUUUACCCGGCAUUCCCAGUGAACUUACCAGGCUGAUCUAGAUUCUGGGCCAGAAGAUGUGCAGUGAGGACUAUGGCUUAUGCUAUCUGCAGCAGCCUGUCUUGGUUUUACUGUGCUCUGGGGCUGGAAACAGGGAACAUAACCUUUGUAAAACCGGUGUGUAUAUGCUUUUGUGAGCACUUAGGGUUUGAGAGGAAAUGAAGAAAGAUCAAUAUGUCAACAUUAUUUGAAAACCUGUGUGUUCACAGUAGUGAAUGUUCCUGAGGGAAACGGAGUUGUGCUGGUCCUCUUACUGUACUUAGGCAUUUUUAGGAUUUUUACCUUACUGUUGAGGCAGUUCAUCUUUCAUGGUCCUCUGUUACAAUACAUGACCUCCACAUUUUCUAGAUACUGCUGCUUAAAACAAUAAGCUGUAAGAGCAUAAAUUCUAUAGCUGGAAGAGGUCUAAAUGCAGAAGUAGCGCGUACUGGCACAAGAAGUGUUCACACAUCACCAAGUCGCCACAGUUUCAUAAAUCACCCCCCCCCCCCCAUGAGCUGUGCCACAGGAUUUUUCUGCAUGCGUGCUCUCUUAACUCAUGGCAAGUAUAAAGUAACAUGGCUUAGCUUAAUUUUCUUUCACCGUAGACUAGGCUAAGUCGCAUUACCUUGCAUUUGCUGUGGGCUGAAAGCACGUACAGGAAGAGAUACCACAGCUCAGCUGACUCAUGGAAACUUGGUGAACUGUGGUAACUUGAUCUUGAGUCCUAAUCCUCAAACUAAGCUGAGAUAGGAACUCUGCCGUGGCUGUAGGUCUCUGCAUACAUGUGAACUGGGGAACACGGUGACGGCAGCAGGCUCGCUGGGAGCUCACGGGUGUGGGGAGGAAAUCCCUUACUUCAGAACUAAUGCCCUAAGCUGUAAGCAGUCUCCCCUUUUUUAAAAAGCCAUCUUUUUUUUAAUAGCACUGAUGAAGAUGCAACAUCCUAGUAAUGUAGCAAGGAGGCAUCCUUGAUGGUCCUAAGAGUUUCCUUUUGAAGCCUGGUGUACUAACACCGAGUGAAACAUGUGGAAGGGGAGGGUCAAGCCAAGACCUCUCCCAAUAUCUCACUACAUCAGCACCUCCUUUUGUCUUUCUAAUGAUGCUUAUUUGGUUUUCUGUGGUGAGAUGGUCUUUGGGCUCAGAAAUUAGGUGUCAGGUAACUGGUGCAAGACCAGGGGAGCAGAAUAUUUUACCUGCCAUUCGCACAAGUAUUUGGAUGCAUUCUUUACUCUGUAUCUUACUGGAUAUGAUCUCAUGUAGCAGUCUGAAAGUGGGGGAAGUCAGUUUCCUUGGCAUCAUGGGCAGGAAAUGUGCUUAGAAGCAUAAAGAAACUUGGCAAGCAUCAGACAGUCAGGCAACGCUCAGGGCUGAAUGGCAGAGUUUUCCAUUGACUGUGCACCAGAGAGAUAAGAUACACAGCAGUGAUAAAUCAGAUCCAUGGUCUGAUGUGAGACAGGAGUACGAGAAAAAGGGCACCUUCUAACUGAGCAGCUCUGUGUUCGGUGCAUCCAGUGUCAGGCAUGCUGACAAAAUACCCUUUAAAUACUCACCUUUAGCAUGAGCAUGCUGCUAGAGAAGGACAAUGACUCUGUCCCUUCUUACACAUAAGCAACAUAAGCUGUUCAGUGUGUCCCUGUUGGAAGUCAAACAAAUGGGUGGCAGGAGGACCAGAUGGCAUUUCCUAAGCAUAACUGAGGGCAAAAUUUUGCCUGCAGGAACUUUCCUCCUGGUCAUGGUAGACAAGAAGGAAAAAUUCUAGCUGACUUUCAAAGCCUCAAUGAUGUUUUUCAGGCUGCUGAAGGUGAAAAGAUCUUCACCUGCAAACUGAGAAUGUUUGGUGCAAAAUGAGUGUGAGGCACUUACAACAUGGAACCCUGUGCUGACCAUUUUAUAUCAACUUUUUAAGGUAAGAAUAGGAUGUUAGACAGGAGAAGAGCUGUGCUUUAAGCACAUGGAGAAAAAAAAGAACCACAGUUUGUAAAUUGGCAUGAAAAGCAGUCACACUAGAAACUGGGACCAUUGUAGGACAGGUCUGGACGUAGUUAGAUCCCUCUGAAAUUCAGAACUGUAGGAUGAUCAGUCAGCUGCAAAGUGAAUCUUCUAGUCCCUCCCAGAAACCAUCUCUGGCUACCUGAGUGUCUCAGUUAGCAACAUCCAUUAUUCCAGUUUGGCUUCUGCUACUGUUGGUUACAAAUUAUCCAUACUGAAAUAGAAGUUGUUUCAGGGCUGGGGAUUUUCACAGUAUGAGAUCUACAAACUUUUCAGGUAUACUCUGCCUAUCUUGAGAAGUAAUAGCCAGAAAGUGCAGGUGUGAGGCUUUUUGGGGGGAUGUACAGAUUUAAUUCCUUUUUGCUCCCACAGGUCAUAGUGUUAUUUUAAAAUGUAUAGUUGAGAUUAAUAUGUGACUUGUAAAAUGCUAACUAAUGCACAAUAAAUGAGGCAAAAAAAAGCUUGGGUAGUAGUGAACAAUAUGAAAAGGUCAGAGAAAAGAAAAACUUUAAGUCACAUCUCUGCCUUUAGAUGGAAGUCUGAAUUCACAAGGUGAAAGUCACCCUUAGCAAUAGUCAGUACAGAAUAGCUCCUUUGCACUGCUUCAGUCCAUGUGACUCCCUGGGCUGCUUUGCCCUCACGUAUUACCCCAGUCCCAACAAAGUCAUGAUGUGCUAAGGCUGGAAACUCUGUGUCCUUCCACAAAGAUUGUCAUUUGAUUUUUUUCAGUCCAUUGAGCUCUUUCCCGGUCCUGAAGCACACGAUGGUCACCGUCUCCGCUGGGUUCACUUAUUGUGCAGUUCAGACAUGUCUUAGAUCUUCCCCUCUUGCGCUGGUAUUACACUAAAGAUGCUCUCACUUUCCCAGGGCAGGCGCCGAGGGUGUCAGGCCAUCAGAGGCUUUGUUACCAUCUUCCAGUAGCCACCUCUACCCUCUGUCUCUGAAUGAACGACGAACACUAGCCCCUGACAUCUGGAGGAGCCAGGCUUGACGCACUUAUGUGAUACAGCUUCUGAUUUGCUUCCCAACCUUCGCCCCCUGGUGUUUACCUUGCCAACCACACUAUUUAUUUACUAUUAUUAAGUAAUGGUAGUAUUAAACAUUUCAAGAACACAUUAAACCUCUGGAACAAUGUGGUUUUAAUUAUCAUAUGUGCAUUUGUUGAUCCACCGCAGACUGAACCCAACCAGUGUUUGUUUUCCACUCUCAUGGUUUAUUCCAUAGAGAACUGAUUUCUUCCAGGCAGGAACAGUGUCUUCCUAUGCGUCAACAUUCGGCGUGCGGUGCCCCAGUGCUGCCUGCAGCAUCCAGCUGCCACGGUCCAGGAGACACUCUGGCGCAGCAAUGUCGGGCUGAUACUCUUCCAGCCAUCUGUCAAAAGCACUUGUGAAGGGGGUGGUCUCUGGUUUUCUCUGUCCUGGGGAUAGGGGUUUCAGCAGUAUUCAGGGCUGGCCUCACAUUCCCCCACUGAACUGGAUGACAAUGAUUAGUGAACUCACCAAAGAAAAUCCUCUUAAAUUCUAGGCUUUGUUUCUUCUGUUAAUUGACUGCACACAGAGGGAGGAUUAAUAGCUACUACACACUUAUCUGGGAAAGAACUCGGAGUUCCCUGACACAAUCACCUUUUUAUCUCCUGUCAUUAGCUUAUUCCCAUUUCCAGGGCAGCCAAACAGUUUUUCUUAGUAUCUGGAAUUAAAAAAAAGGAAACCAGAGUUUCAAUCUGAUAAAGAUCUAAGGAAGCUUACUAAAAACAUGAUGCUUCGUAUUAGUCAUUUGAAUGCUUUAGAAGAUCGUUUCAUUGUUUUUUUUCUGUCUGAUUUCCUUAUUCAUGUUUUAGUUGUGUUCUUGAUUUUUGUUUUUGGCUCCUCUUAGAUGCAGUCCUGCUGGUCUUUUAGCUUAUGUGCUAGCAAAGUCCCAAUGGUCCCAAGAGCAGAUUUGCCUGAGCAACUACUCUAGAGGUGGCCUCACUGUGCCUAGUAAAAAUAAAGUGCUUCUUUAAGUUGGGGAUCAUAUUUGUCAGCACAUUUCCUGCAAGGGGAAACUUGGAUUGCAUUUCAAUAUGCUUAUUUCUUCCACUUGCUCACUUCAACUUCAUCCAAGAGGUCUUACAUUUGACAUUUGUACAUUCAGUUCUAUUUUGUUCUUGGACUAGAGGUGACUAAUAUUUGCCUCUUUUGACAGAAGUACUUGAUAUUUUUUCAUUUUUAAAUGUUGCCCAGUAGAUGACAUGAUAGAUGCAGAAGAAAAUAGUUAUAGACUUGUCUGUGUAAAUUGGGACAAAUACUUUUGAUUCUGUAGAGACUAAUGAGUUGGAAUACACCAUGGCCAAAAGCUGAAUGGACUCCCUCAAAGUCCAUGACGACUCCACAAAGAGAUUAUUCUCGUCUGUGGUCCCCUAGGCUGUUUCAACAUUGCAGAGUAGAGAUACCAAAUGUAAUUUUCAACAAGCUACCAAGGGCAGACUGAGCGCAGCAGCAUGGAGUUCAGCGUAUCCUGUGUCUUGGCAAAAUUAGAUACCUCUCUAGAUCAAUGCUUUUUAAGCAAACCUACAUAUCCUAAGAAAGACUUUUACAACUCAGAAAGGAGAGGGACAAAUAUUAAUUAAAUGAAUUAGGUCCGUAUAGCUUUUUUAUGGCUGUCUAGAACUGUUAGUGUCGUGCGUAUACUUACCUAUAGCAGUUGUGAUGUGUUAGUUUUUCUCCAGCCAGCUCUUAGCCGGGCAAAACCUGUUGGAAAUGACAUCUAAGGGUGAUUUGCCUUCAGAAAGACUGAGGGCAGCUCUCAGGAUAUGUCUCCGUGCUGUUGCAUGCUUUAGGAAUGUGUGCCUGCAGCGUGACGUGUUAAACCCCACUGGAAAAUGAAAGUAGAUGGUCAAGUCAAAGAGGAGAUAGAGAACUUGGUGGAGGGUUGUGUAUGUGUUUUGUGCCCCUCAGCACACGCAUCAUUUCCCCUUCUAUCAACUUUAAAUUAGGACCUUCUUUGAAUUCUUAGUGUCAGAGUAAAGUUUUCUUAUGCUGAUAAUGUAUUUGUAUUAUGCAACUUAGAAAAAAAGCCCAGAUUAUCUCUCGAUGACUGUCCUCUCCUCUUGAGAAGCUCUUCUCUUCUGUACAUACGAUAUGCAGAAUGUAUGGAAGUCUUACCAGCGUUGGUUUGCAUUUUUAAGACUGUACUAAUUAAUGUGUUAAUUAUUGUGUUUUCGUAGUGGCAUCUUUGAUGUAAAAUGUAAAAACUAUUUAAAAUGAUUUUUUUUGUUAUUGCUCAGCUUAUAGAGAUAGCACAAAGAAAUGCAUGUUCACUAGAAUCAGCCUUUUUAAAGGACUGUGAUAGCUGCACACGGAUGCCGUCAUUUCACUUAGAGUAGAAUACCUGCAUUCUCAUUUCAAUAGGGGUCAGUUUUGAGCAGAAACUAGUUCUUCCUGAAAGGUCUAUUUUUCUGUAUUUCUCUCUCACGGAUUCAAGCGUUUUGAAUGCACACAGCGUGCCAGGCCCCACCACAGCAGGCUGCAGUCGGGGUUACGAGCGACCGAGACGGGCUGGGGGCUCCCCUGACUCCAGUCAUCGCCUGCCUUGAGUCCGCAGGGGGAAACCGCGACGAAAGGGCCUCGGCCGCCUCCCGCGCUUGGGCACGCUGCCGGGACCGCACCAGCAAGCUUUCUCAUCCGUAGUCUCACUCAUGUGCAUGCUCUGUUCCCUCUGAGACUGUAUCGGCUGCGUCAGGACAAAUCUGAUGGGUUUACAUUUUAAGACAGCUUGUGUGAAUUUAAAAAUAAUCAACUAAAAUUUAAAAGUAAUUACAUAUUAAUGAUUAAGAAAAAAAGAGCCUGAGCUGUGAGUUUGGGGCGAGAAUCUUAUUGGGGUGCUUAAUGUAGGGAGAAUUUGCAGUCAGCCCAUAAAAGAUGGGACCAUUUGGGAAGUUUAGCUCUACAUUUCUUGUAAGGUUUGGAGAGGGGUUGGAGAGGGAAGAGGGGUUUGGAUCCAGCCUUUCAGGCAGGCUAGACUUAUUCGAGGGGAGAUGUCUCCCAACUGUGUCCUGGGCCAAAAGACAGGACAUGCUGCAGCUUACGAAUUUUUUUUUUUUUCCUUUUCUAUUUUUUUUUUAAGGAGAAAGCAGUUCAAACUGCACCUAGCAAAAUGACUGACUUCAAAAGCAUGUUUUCCCUUGUUAUAUAGACACUCACAAAACAUCAUUGUGUGAUUAAAAAGGCGCGUUUGUGAUAGUUUUUUCAGUGCCAAAAUAUAUAAGCAGUAUUGUUUGAAGGGAAAUAAGAAUUUUUUUACUGUAUGGUUACUACUGUUGAACAAAUAUUGUUUUUAAAUGUUAGAUUUUGAAGAAUUUUGUAUUGUAAACUGUUUUGUGACAUGGUGCUUUUUCAUACUGGAAUUACUGAUUGCACCUAAAUAUGAAUUAUUUUGUUUUCUUAUAUGAAUAUGUAACCUUAACCAACUUGAUGAAAACCAAUGCACGGUGGAUACCGAAGGUUCAGACAAAUUCUCCUACUGAAAUCCCCUAAAUGUUCUUUCCUACUAAUAAAUAUUCUGCUGCAGCUA